AUGGUGAAGGCGCGGCUAACCACUGGAAGUUUGACGCGACAAAGAUCUCAUUCAAAUAGUGCUGUGAGCCUUGAUAGUGAAACAGAAUACACCCAAACUACAAAUGACCAUGAUUGUUCUCUUUCACCUGGACCAAGCAACAUGGAAGAUACUGAUGCGAGUGACCAACCAACAGUGUCUCCUGCGAUGCCUGUUUCAAAAAUCGCUUUGAAAAGGCCGAAGAGAACAAUCAAUGACAAAUUAUUGGACAUUGAGAAUCAAAAACUUAAAUUUUUACAAGAUAAGGAAAAAUCCCGACAGAAUAGAACAACAGAUGCAGACAACGAACAUAUUUUAUUUUUUAAAAGCCUCAUACCACACAUUGAAAAAAUUCCACAGCACAUGCUACUUUCUUUUAGAAACCGCAUUCAAAGCGUCGUCGACGAGUUCGCGUACCAAUCUUUGCAAUAUGGUAACCCUAGUUCGAUGUCAAACUACUCUCAUUUAAGUAAUAUUUCCCGUAAUAGUACUCCAGAGACCUGCAACGAAAUAACUCUUCCACAAACUUCGAGUGACAAUAUUGCUGUUAUAAGCAACCAAUUAGCCACAGAAGAAUAUAUUUUUCAUUGUGAUUAA